AUGGCGUCAGAAAGUGUACGACAGCCUUUCCUUGAGUACACAGAUGACCCCGAAAAGGAAGAGGCACGCCGAUAUGUCCGCGUACAGACUCGCCGGGGCAACAUCCUGCCGUACCUCUUCGUCGCGAUCAUAACCUCGCUGCUCUGGUCCGUGGUGAUUCUCUUCUUCGUCGACCUCCCAAGAGCCAGCAACACCAUCCCCGAGCCACAACAGCAAAGCUCCGACUCCACCGGCAGAUACAACAUCACGACCAAAGCCCACAAACUCACAUGCGGGAACUCGGUGUCCGAGGCCAAAGCUCUUGGCUGCAAAUACGACCUCCUGUUGAACAAUUGGGUGCCAGAGCCGUGCUUCGACAAGGAAUGGCUCGAGGAGUACAAGGAAGACGACAGCUGGGGCGGAUACGCCGACGAGGCCAUGACGCAGCGGCUUUCCGUGGAGGAGAUGUCCGAGAGCGACCACUACUGGACGUCUCUCCGCGACCAUGUCAACCACUGCGCGAUGAUGUGGAGGAAGCAAUUUUGGGCGCUAUAUGAGGAGCGGAAGGCUUUCGACACCGUGAUUGCAAGCCCUGGGCACACAGAUCACUGCUCACAAUUCUUGAUCGAUGUCACUGACAGAAAUUGGACACAUCCUACGAAAACUUCGAUGGGCUUUGCUGGUUGCUGGGUUAGGGAUGACAGGUAG